AUGGAGUCUCAAGUGCGUCAGAACUACCACCGCGAAUGCGAGGCCGCCAUUAACCGAAUGGUGAAUAUGGAGCUUUUCGCUUCAUACACUUACACUUCAAUGGCCUAUUACUUCUCACGAGAUGAUGUAGCCCUACCAGGCUUUGCCCAUUUCUUCAAGGAGAACAGUGAGGAAGAGAGGGAGCAUGCAGAGAAGCUGCUGUCCUUUCAGAACAAAAGGGGUGGCCGCAUCUUCCUCCAGGAUAUCAAGAAACCAGAGCGUGAUGAGUGGGGCAGCGGUCUUGAGGCCAUGCAGGGUGCCCUACAAUUGGAGAAAAAUGUCAACCAGGCUCUUUUGGAACUGCACAAGCUGGCCUCUGAUCACGUGGACCCCCAUCUGUGUGACUUCCUGGAAAGCCACUACUUGAACGAGCAGGUGGAGGCCAUCAAAAAAUUGGGUGACUACAUCAGCAACCUGAGCCGCAUGGAUGCCCAAAACAACAAGAUGGCCGAGUACCUGUUCGACAAGCACUCUCUGGGUGGCAAGAGCUAA